CGCCCGGCUCGGCGGCCUCGCGCGCUCCCCGUCCGGCCGGCAGACGCGCCAUGGGCCCCGCGCGCUGGCUGGCGCUGGGCGGCCUCCUCGCCCUGGCCGGGCUGCUGGAGGGCCGGCUCGUGCGCAAGGAGGAAGCCGGCUUCGGCGAAUGCAACCGCUUCUUCUACGCCGGGACCCCGCCCGCGGGGCUGGCGGCCGCUGCCCACGUGAAGAUCUGUCAGCGAUCCGAGGGCGCCGAGCGCUUCGCCACCUUGUACAGCACCAGGGACCGCAUCCCCGUGUACUCGGCGUUCCGCGCCGCGCAUCCCGCGCCCCUGGGCGCAGAGCAGCGCUGGCUGGUGGAGCCGCAGAUCGAUGACCCCAGCAGCAGCCUUGAGGAGGUGACUGAUGAGGCAGAUGCCACCAGCUCUGUGAACAACCUGGGAAGCAAGCAAGCCUUGAAUGCUGAUUACCUGGGCUCUGAUUACCAGACAGGACAGCUCUACCCAUUCUCCCUCAGCAGUGACCCCCACACGGCCACGUUCACUCUCACCAAUGCAGCUCCGAUGACCCCAUCCUUCCAGAAACAGUGGUAUCUGACUCUCAACAGCCUGAUGGACCUGGCCCUGAGCCCACAGUGUGGCAAUGGGGAAGAGCUCUAUAUCCUCACAGGGGCCGUGCCCUCCGACCUCAAGGUCAAAGACAAAGUGACCAUCCCUGAGUUUGUUUGGCUGGCUGCCUGUUGUGCUGUCCCUGGAGGAGGCUGGGCCAUGGGCUUUGUCAAGCACACCCGGGACGGGGACGUCAUAGAAGAUGUGAUGGUGAAAGAGCUCGAGAAAUUGCUUCCAUUCAACCCUCAGCUGUUCCAGGACAACUGUGGGGAAAUGGAACAAGACACAGAGAAAAUGAAGAAGAUCCUGGAAAUGGUUAACCAAGUCCAGGACGAGGAGCGGAGGGUGCACACUGAGGGAGCCUCCAGAACCCCUUCUAGCACAAGGAGCACGAGGUCCGCUCUGUUGCCUCCAGAAACUUCUGGGGAAAAGAGCAGCCUUUUGGGGAAACUCUUGGGCUUCAUCGCUACCCCAUUCAUCAAACUUUGCCAAUUAAUUUAUUGCCUUGCCAUAGGAAUCCUGAAGUACACUGUGUAUUUCGUGUGGUAUGUCACCAAGCAGGUGACCUAUGGUCUGGAAAGCUGCCUUUAUCGCCUGGGUUCAGCCACCAUCUCUUACUUCUUGGCCAUUGGGGAGGAGCUGGCCAGCAUUCCCUGGAAGGUGCUCAAAGUCAUGGUCAGGAUCACCAGGGCCAUUCUCCGGAUCCUCUGUUGCCUGCUGAAGGUUGUUUGCCGAGUUCUGGGCCUCCCCGUCCGAGUCCUUGUGGAUGUAGCCACCUUCCCUGUCUACACCGUGGGCGCGGUUCCAAUCGUUUGCAGGGACAUUGCAGUGGGCCUUGGUGGCAUCAUCUCUCUGCUCUUCGACACCGCUUUUGGCACCAUGGGUGGCAUAUUUCAGGUCCUUUUUACUGUCUGCAAGCGGAUUGGCUUUAAGAUUACUUCUGACAAUCCUGGGGAGUUAUAGAACUUGAAAAACUGAGUGCCCAGUCACAGUGAAUUUGAUUUUUUUUUUUUUUAAAGCUGGAAGAGAAAGCUGGAAUAUUUUAUCUAUACAGUGGAUUUCUGUUCACUGUCAAUUAUCAUAGUUUGGCCUUUGGUGGGGGUAUCUGCACAUUUUUUGCCAAGGGAGAUGGUACAGUUUAGACUUGACCCAAGAGAAAUGUUCAGGGUGGGAUUGCGUGUAGGUCGUCUGCUAAAAUGUGGGUGAACUUCCCAGCUGUAACCUUCAGUUAUUCUCUCUGACACAGAGGACCACCUAUGAUAUGCUGCUGGUCAUUUGUGAUCAUUAAAAAGUUAUAGGAGAGGGAAGAACUAGAAGGAGGACAACUUUAAACCAAAGGGUUUCUGAGAAAAGGAGAAAGGCAUCUUGUUCCUCUGAUUACUCUCUGAGACUUAAGCAAAACUGACAUAAAUAUUCCUGGCCAGUUUGUUAUCAUGUGCUUCUCUUUCUCCCCAACUUGGCUGACUUGGCGAGGUGCAGACACGCUUCCCUAUUGAAAUAAGCUUUCUUAGGAUAUAGAAUCUCCUAUAUCCCUUAGCUUUCCAUGGCUCCCAAGGACCUGGAAUGUUAAUUUUGGUGUUUCUCUAAAGUUGAAUUCUGCUGCAUUUUUUUUUCCUUUUAGGUAAUGAUAAGCAUUUUAUGCCAGUCGUGGCAUAACAAAUUCUGAAUGCAAAGAUUAAGAUCAUUUGCCCCUUGGAAACUGUAGUACAGUUGUCCUGGGUAUAAAAAUGGGAGUGCAAAGGUCAGACCUCUGCUCUGAGUAGGUGCUGUAGAUCUGAGGACAUCCUUAGUCAAGCUUGGAUUAUCUUGACUUAUGUUAAAUCUCUGGCUGAAAAGACAGAGCUCAAAGAUCUACGUGUUAAGCUAAUAAGAAAAUUCAUAUUCUGGAACAUGCUAGUCAGUUAUUCUUACACUUCAAGCAAGUACCCAAUAGAGUAAAACACUUUGACUUCUGUCUUUAAAUGAUUGUUUUGGUAUCAAUGUAUAAAAAAGAGCCACAAAAUAAAAACUCUUCUUUUAUUUGGAAAAAAAUCCAUAUGCAUUUAUAUCUAAGUUCACAUAUGUAUAAAUUUGAUUCAGAAUCAUUCUCUUAGGAAAUUAUUUUUAUAGUGGGUCCCAUUAAUGUCAGUUCUGUUUGAGAGCUAAUCCCCAAUUUUUGGAUCAAGCAGGUGUCAUUUCAAAUCUUGCCAUGAAAAUGAUCACAGUUUAGGAAGCAGAGGCUCCCCAACUUUGCUCUGCCUUUCACAGCUGAGAUGGAAUCAGCUAGACUUUUCUGAGUGUUCUAAAGAGUUACUGUGUAAACUAUUGAUUUUGGGGGUGCAGGCCACCAUGCGUCUGAAAGCUUGAUGCAAAAACUUGGGGUCCAGAAGGGCAACAAGGAAGGAAGGACGGGAAAACUCUUUGCAUCAGGUUGGUGGACAAGAAAUGUGACCGUAGCAAGAGUUAUAUUUUGCAGAAAAAUAACUGAAUGGAACUCAAAGUAGAGCAGCCAGCAAGGUGCCAUCCCGAUCGGUGUGUGGUACAAGGCUGGGGAGUAUGAAGCCAGCCUGUUUCUGUGUCAUAGGGAGCUACACACUAGAUUAUCUAAGACUCUUAACUAGCAUUUUAUCAAUACUUCUGUUUAUGAGCAUAAAAAUCUGUAGUUGGGUUUGCCUUCAUUUCAGCAGUGUGCAGUUUCAGGGAAGGAAAAGGUUUUGCCUUGAUACUGAAGGGUCAAGAAUCUGGCCAGAUGAAAGAAAGGGAAUUUCAGAAGGGACCAGAGAUGGACUGGCUAAACCCCCGUUUGUUGAGCAUGCUGAGGCCUGAUCAGGAGCCAGGGUCUUCUGAACCCAUCCCAUUGCACCUGGGAUGUCAGGUGUGUGGUCCAGUUGCUUCCCUGAACCACAGCAGAGUUUUCUCCAUCGUUCACCAAACAGACUAGGUGCUGAUGAAUCAAUUGGAUUUGGCCUGUAUGAUGUAACAUUUAGCCACCCAUGUACAACAUCAUGCUCCUGCCUCCCAUGGAAUUGAUAUUCCCACCGAGUACUUAAUUGCGCACUGAAAGGCCCAAAGAGAGCAUCCAUGGCAGCUUGAGCCCCUUGGUAUCAUGGGCUGGGUAUCCAAACUGCGUCUUGAGAACCACUUGCAAUGUCUUCCUUUUCCGUUCUAGUUGCUUAGUGUCUUAUUUAUUUAUUAUGGUGUGGCCUUUUGUUUUGUUUUGUUUUUGUUUUUAAAUCUAGAAAGGGGUAAUAAAGCAAAAAAUAGCCCUAAGGUUAGGUGGCUGAGACCCACUGCUCAGGACUGCUGGUAUUGGCUCUGCCUCUGGUUCACUGGCUCUAGCAGGUGUUCUUGUUGUCUUGUUCCCAAUGAGCUACUUUGGGCUUUGAGGUGGUAGCUGGGGUUGAUAAACCCCGUCUCAACCCCAGCGCUAGCUUGAAGAUUUUUUCUGUGGCUCUGCUACAUUUUCGGGCUCUUGGGGAGGUCAGCCAACUCUUCCUGAUUAUGGAGCUGAUUUUCUAGUCUGUGGGUCAGCCACGCCUUUGGACGUUCCUCUUUUCCAUUGUGCCUUGUAAGGGUUUGCUUCUCAUUCAGCAUCAGCGCUUGCCCCUCAGUGAAGAUAAAGGGGUUGGGAGAAGGAACUAGAGGAAAACACUGGUCGUUCAUUCCGUCAUUCAUCCAUCACAUGUGUAUUUGAACAUCAAGGUUGCAGAAAUCAACAGUACAUGGACACCAUCCUUGAGGAGUUCAGCCCUCUAGGGGGGAGAACAUAGCACAAUUAAUCCAUGUGCAGCAUCAUGGUAAGCUUGUAACAGAGGUGCCAGCAGCGUAGGCUAAAAGGAGGAAAAACCACAAAACCAUGGACAUUGCGGGAACCUUAACAGAAUGUGACAAAAGUCAAUUUGACAUUUUCAAGCUCUGUACAAUGCUAUGCACCUUGAAACGCUCAAUAAAGUAAUUGUUGACAACUCA